AUGCGACAUAUUAAGCAACUUGGCCUUUGUUCACUGGUCUUUCCUGGUGCGAAGCACGAUCGCUUUUUUCACAGCAUCGGGACGGCUUACCUGGCGUACAAUUUGAUGAAGGAUCUCCGCUUCAGCCAACCGGAGCUUGCCAUCCUUGACAGGGACGUGGUUUGUGUUGUGGCAGCUGCGUUGAUGCACGACCUCGGACACCCUGCAUACAGCCACAUGUUUGAGUUGUUCAUGGCGUCCCUCGGGCAUACCUCCUGGACACACGAACAGGCAUCGCUUAUACUGGUUCGGGAAGUCUUGAAGACGGUCAACCUCAAUCUCAAAGAUGAUGUAGAAGGAGACGAUGUGGCGUUUAUUUGCGAGCUCAUUGAUCCGCCCAAGAAAGAUCUAAUCAAGUUCCUGGACGAUUUAGCCCAGACAAAGCUGGACAGCGAUACCCUGAACCAGAAAUGGUCGUCAAUCAUGAAGGGCAGAAGGGCGGACAAGGCAUGGAUGUACGAGAUUGUCAGCAACUAUCGCACCGGGAUCGAUGUUGACAAGAUGGACUAUUUCAGAAGGGAUGCCUACUUUCUUGGGAUACAGCGGCAGUUCGAUCAUGACCGCUAUCUCAAGAGUCUGCGCGUCAUCCGUGACUUCCAGGGGAUCACAACCCUGAGCCCUCCGGAAAAGUCCAAAGACGACAUAAGAGAAAACUUGUGCGAGCUGAGAAAAACACUCCACCGAACUGCCUACCAGCACAAGACCGUCAAAAAGCUGGAGGCGCAUAUGGUGGACAUCCUCAAAGUGUGCGAGAAGACCAUCAAGGUGAAAGGAAAGGAUGGAACGAGAAUGAGCAUCGCUGAAGCAGCCGUUUCUCUCGACCCAGUGGCAUAUGCCAAACUGACAGACUCUUUUUUUGAGACGAGACUGUUAGAGAACGAAGAGGCGGCGCUUGAAUCCGCGUGUGAAAGCUACAAGAAACACUUCAUGGACCGCAAGCUCAUGCGAAACAUCAUCAUGUGGGAAGUCCCCACGCAUCUUGAAGAUCCAGGGGUCAAAGACUUGCCGCCGCCGAAAACAUUCGUAAAGAAGGUGCUGGAGCUAUCAACCAGGCAAGUGCCAGAAGAAGAGCUGCACUGCGUCCUUUCCAAGUUGCAUUAUGGCCUGGGCAACGAGGACCCUGUGAAGAAGGUCGUUUUCCACGACAAGGAAUUCAAGCCUCGACUCUUCGAUGUGGACUAUGAUGCCAACCCGCUUCGCCGGAAGCUAUUCCUUUUUUGGAAUCCGGCGUCCGUGGACGACAAUCACCUCGAGACGAUGGCCAGGCAGAUUUUGCCAAACGGAAGUAGCACACUGUACAAUCAGUGA